UUUUUUUUUCUUCUUCUUCUUUGUACUAUACUUUUUUUUUUAUAUUUAUAUUUAAUAAAUCUAUAUUAUAAACAUCAUGUCUGACUGGGAUACCACUACUAUUCUUCGCAAGCGUCCUGAAGACCGUGCUCGUGCUACUCGAAGUCAAAGUGAAUUGAAUGCUGCUAGACGGGCUGGUGCUACUAUUACUACUGAAAAGAAAUCUACUUUAACCAAUUCUAGUCAAGCCAACACUGAUCAUCGUCGUAUUGCAAAGUUAGAUCGUGAAAAUGAGGUAGCACCUCCACCUAAAGUAGAUGUUUCUGUUGGUAAAGCUCUUCAAAAAGGACGUCAAGAUAAGGGUAUGACACAAAAGGAUUUGGCUCAACUUAUCAAUGAAAAACCUCAAGUGGUCAAUGAAUAUGAAUCUGGUAAAGCUAUUCCUAAUCAACAAGUUCUUGGAAAGAUGGAACGUGCUCUUGGUGUCAAACUUCGAGGAAAAAAUAUUGGUGAACCUUUGACUUUUGGCAAGAAAAAGUAAAAAGAUAAAAAAAAGUAAAGGAUGAUUUUGAUAUGUGGUUGAUGUAGAUAUACAAUUUUUUUUUUCUUUUUUUU